CUUCCCAGCUUUCUCCCACCAUCCACUGACCUCAUGUCUACCAUACUCCUGAAUUUGGACUUUGGGGAACCUUCGAAAAAGGCAUUUGGAGGAAAUGCCAAACAUCAACGUUUUGUCAAGAAGCGAAGGUUCUUGGAACAGAAAGGAUUUCUGAGUAAAAAGAACCAACCCCCUAGCAAGGUGUCUAAAUUAAACUCAGAACCUCCAAAGAAAGGGGAAACUUCAAGAGUAGAUAGCAUUUCGAAGAUCCUUUCAUGCCUAAAGAAGAAGAAAGAGGCAGCUGCCUCCAAGAGGGACUCAGAGCAGUCCAAAGACAAGAGAGCAUCAUUGUCAUGGCUGACCCCUGCUCCUUCAAAGAAGACUGAUUCUGUUGUGGCUAAAAUAGAUUUGCUUGGGGAGUUUCAGAGUGCCCUUCCAAAGCCUAAGAGACGCACCCAGAAGAAGGGCUCCAAGAAGCCCUUGAAAAAGAAAAUUGCUACAGAAAACUCCACCCAAGCUCAGUCAAAGGAUAAAGGCUCCAACAAGAAGCCCUUGAAGAAAAAUGCUGUACAGAACUCCACCCAAGCUCAACCAGAGGAUAAGUGCCCUAAAGUCCCUCAAAGCUUGCCAAGGAAGAUGGUGGCAAUGGACUGUGAAAUGGUGGGCACGGGACCCAAGGGGCGUGUGAGUUCCUUGGCUCGCUGCAGCAUCGGGAAUUACAAUGGAGAUGUGCUUUAUGAUGAGUACAUCCGCCCCCCCUGCUAUAUUGUGGACUACCGGACCAGGUGGAGUGGCAUCCGGAAGUGCCACAUGGUUAAUGCUACCCCCUUUAAGACUGCUCGGAGUCGGAUCUUGAAGAUACUCUCAGGGAAGGUAGUGGUAGGGCAUGCCAUUCACAAUGACUACAAAGCCCUACAGUACUUUCAUCCCAAGUCCCUCACUCGAGACACUUCCCAAAUACCACUCCUCAACCGUAAGGCUGACUGCCCAGAAAAUGUCACUUUGUCACUGAAGCAUCUCACCAAGAAGCUGCUGAGUCGGGACAUCCAGACUGGACUAAGUGGACAUUCCUCGGUGGAAGAUGCCCAGGCCACACUGGAGCUGUACAAGUUGGUUGAAGUUGAAUGGGAGCAGCAUCUGGCCCAGAAUCCUCCAGAAAAUUAGCAGUCCCAGGGAGACACAUGCAGUAGACCAACCCACAGUUCUGCCAGCUUCUCACCUGUAGAAGCCGGAAUCAUUGGGGAGAGGAGCUUGACCAGAGACUUAAUACCCAUUGAAAUUUCAUCUCAGCUAUUGUGGUCACUGUGUGUUAAGUGUCUCAUGGAAGGGGAAAGCCUUCAUGUUAAAAUCCACCUCUAGGUCAGGCAGGACACCCAGGCUUGUAAUCUCAGAUACUUGGGAGGCCGAGACAGGUUAUAGAUUUAAGGUCUGCCUGGACUACAGAAUUAGUUCUAGGCCAGUGAGUCCCUGUCCUAACAUAAGAAGAGGGCCAGGAGUAAAGCCCGGUGCUAGAACACUUACCUAGCACAUAAACCACUAGAUACAGUCUCCAGUGUGGGGUGGGGGAUAGUAGAAGGAAUGGGACCGCAACUGUUUACUUCUUUAGUGGUGCUAACCACAUGUCACAGUGCUUGUGCUAGUCAGCCUUGACUUUGAGGGAGCAAGGCACACCAGGGAAUACAGUUUCCCACCUACCUUAUCGACGGGAUACAUAUCAUAGAUCUGUCUCCUUUUGUGGGGAGUGGGGUAAAGGAGUAGCUGAGUUGCCAAGGUUGACCUCAAACACUUGGCCUUAAAUGACUUCUUCCUCAGCCCCACAAGUAGCUGGGACCACAGGUGUGUGUUCACUGCUGUGCCUGGUUCUGUUAAUUUAUGAGGUUUUUUUUUUUGUUCUAAAGUACUUAACAGUAUCUUUUCACUUUCAGACGAGUCCUGAUUGGAGCUAGGUGUGAUGGUCUGUAAUCUCAGGAUUUUGAGGCCAAGACAGGAAGAUCAAGAGUCUAAGACCAGUCUGAGUACAUAGAAAAGCUCUGGUUCAUAGAAGUA